AUGUCUGAGCCAUCACUCUCUAGGCAAAUUAUCAUGAACGUCCCCGAAAAUGAGGCAAACGGCGUGGCAAGCGGUGAAAGCUUGGCGUCACUUUUCCGUCGGCUGGUGGUCUGGGGGUCCGACGGCGGUGAUCUUCACAGCGAAAAACAAGUCACUUCCCGGGCACAACGAGAGCGGCAAAGACGCCGCAUACUCAGAGAACGCUUUAGGACUCGUCAGCACCGAAGGCGCCUAUUUCAUAUCCAAACCAGACUGGGGGGCGAGCUGUGCGACUGGGAUAUGCUCAAUCCGGCGUGGCCUGACGGAGCACUCAUAUCGUCUUCUAGACUGGAUGAAGCCACAAUAAGAAUGGAACAGGAGGCAUACGAAUUUCAUGGCUUGUUGAUCAGCAUGAUUGACGACGGUAUGCUAGAAAGACUUCUUCGGCAAGACGAUAGAGUAACAGAGAAGGGCAUAAAAGCCGCCAUGGCAAACGAGAAUACCAAAGAGGAGCUCCACAGAAUCAUCUGCGGGUUGAUUGAUAAAGUGGUAGAGCAUGUCCUUUACGUAGAAGAGUGUGAACUCCCAGUCGAGAGAGACAAUGGAAAUCGAACUUCGCAUUAUGAUACCGGCUUGGAUGAAAGUAAGAUCCAGAAGUUUCUUAGAAAGUGUACGCAAACUUCCGAGAAGGCGGUUGACAACACACUGCGCGGUUUGCUCGAAGACAUGAUGGAGUUGAUCAUUUUGGGCGAGGCAGACAUCAAUGCCGAUAUGCGUCUUGCAGUCGGAAGCACUAUUUUCGAGAAGACCAAGAAGUUCUUCUGA